UUAGUUUUCUCUCUUAGUGCUUUAGUUUAUUCAUUCUCUUUCUCUCUCUCUCUCCUCCUCUUUUUCUUCUCUCAUCUUUCUCUCUCUUUCUCUAUGCUUGAUUCUAUCAAGGGCGUGUGCCUCAAUUUCAUCUGUUCAAAGAUGAUGAUCAGAUCAUUUCUGGGUCGUUAGAUCUUUUGAGUUCAUUCAUUUUAUCCGUAGGCUUGAUCAUCAUCUCCUUUGCUUGAUUCAAUCCGCAAUUGCAUCUAAUUCUUCGUUUGUUUUCUCACUCUCUUCAUUCUGCAAAAGUAUCUAGAAGAAACCUGUGCUGUUAGGGCAGAAAACUGUUUCCUCAAAAAAAUUUGAAGGAAAUCAGGUUCAGAUCUUGUGCUUAGGGCAGAAAGAAAAUCCUUUCUUUCUUUAGCUCUCUGAUUCUACAACACAAGAAGAAAAUAAGGUCAACUGUUGGGUUUUAGAUCAUAUUUUGUCUGAAUUAAUAUCGCAAGGCUGGCAAAUCCGUGGUGGGUAAACUCGGUUGGCCUGGCUGGCAUGGACCCGGCGGCCAACUCACAAGUCCUCAGCAAACGGGACUUGGAUAUCUCCAUGAACGAUUCCGGAAGCAAUAAGAGCAGCGGCAGGGGAGAUGAAGAUGAGGAUAGGGAUACUGGGGAUGAGCCUAAAGAGGGAGCGGUUGAAGUGGGUACCCGGAGACCAAGGGGCCGUCCCCCUGGAUCCAAGAAUAAGCCCAAACCGCCCAUCUUUGUCACCCGGGACAGUCCCAACGCGCUCCGCAGCCAUGUCAUGGAGGUUGCUAGCGGGACCGAUGUGGCGGAGAGCAUAGCUCAGUUUGCGAGAAGGCGGCAGCGUGGAGUUUGCGUGCUCAGCGGCAGUGGUACGGUGGCCAACGUGACUCUGCGGCAACCGGCGGCGCCUGGAGCUGUGGUGGCUCUUCAUGGAAGGUUUGAGAUUUUGUCUCUGACAGGAGCUUUCCUGCCCGGCCCGGCUCCACCAGGGUCAACCGGGCUGACGGUGUACUUGUCUGGUGGACAGGGUCAGGUGGUGGGAGGAAGCGUGGUGGGGUCGCUGGUGGCGGCGGGCCCCGUCAUGGUUGUUGCUGCAACAUUUGCUAAUGCCACCUAUGAAAGAUUGCCUCUAGAAGAGGAUGAAGAGGGAGGUGGACAUGGUCAGAUCCAAGGCGGUGGUGGGAAUUCACCGCCGGCAAUCGGGAGCAGCGGUCAGCAGACUGGUCUGCCAGAUCCAACAUCCUUGUCUCCCGGCUUGUACAAUCUACCUCCUAACCUACUACCCAAUGGUGGGCAGCUAGGGCAUGAAGCAUAUGGUUGGGCACACGGCGGACGGCCGUUCUGACGCCGGCUGCAGCCAGGAGAUUUUAUAUAAAGAUGGGUGCGAAUCUCUUUCGCCUUUUACUCACAGUACUGCUUGUGUUGUAUUUAAGGGUGUAGGGAUAGGAAUUGAGAACAAAAGAGAAAACUCAUAGUAGUUCUCAUUCUGUAUAUUAAAAACUCAUCAUCAUCUCUUUCCUUUGCCUCUUUUUAUGUUUGAAAUAAAAGAUGAUUAGCUGU